CAGUGCUAGUCCGCGCGCGGCGUGAUAAACACGUCUGCAGAAUACGAGUGCCACUCACGCACGCGACAACUUUCCCGUUCACUACAAAACAUUGGAAGAAGUGUAAUGUGAACGUGAAAUACUAUAAUUUUGAAUAUAAAAAUGAUACCACCAAAUCGCAUUGAUGAUGACGCUCCGCCGAUGUGACAGCCUACCCACUCGUCUCAGGGAGGCAGCUGUCCCCGCAGAGCCUGAACCUAAAGAACCACCCGUCAAAAUACCAGACUCGAGCACUGUCCCAAACUUCACCAGCAGUCCUGACCGAAAUCAAAUCAUCGCCACCUGGAACUCUCUUCACACUGAAGUCAAAAAUAUUAAAAAUGGCUUCCCUCCACAAAUCGAUGAAACGAAUGAAGUGGAUAACAGAGAAAGACCAUCCACUGCACAAAAUUUCUUCACAGAUUUCAAAUGCAACAAGAGCGAAGUGCGGAGGAAAAUCACCUAUGAUACUAGGCAGGUCGGGGUCAGCAAGAAUGCGUCACUGUCCCCGGCCCCCAUCCCAGCCGCCGACAGUGGAACCAACAUGGCAAAACGACGGACUUUAUUGCAGCGCUUGCUCCCUUGGAGGACACAGGAAUGCGACUGUCAGGAACGGUACAUUCCGAAAUAUCGAGCUGCUCCAAGACUACGAGCAGAGGAUUUGUUAUGUACGUGUGGUGCCAGUGCGAACAGAUUCAGACAAAACAAGAACAAACCUUACGCGGAGAGGGGCCGUUCUAAAAGUGUAGGUUACGAGGCAGCUCGAGAAGUGACUCGGUUUCGCCGGUGCGCUAGCGCAGGCGCGACGGUGGGUGCCGAGACCGCUGCCGCGUUGCGAGCGCGUGCGGCUCUGACGCUGGCCCGUCGAUACUACCCCGAGGGUGGAUGGGGGUGGACCAUCACCGUCGUUGGGACAAUCGUCCAAGUCCUCUCACAUGGACUGCAGCUGGGAGGAGGGACAGGCGUGAUAGCUUGUACGGCAGCUGUCAAAUAUCGAGUACCUCCUCUUUAUACUCAUGGAUGCCUCGGCGCGCUGUCCGCAGGGGUGGCACUGGCCCUGUCUCCGGUGACGGUGGCGCUCUGCGUCAGGAAGUCCACCAGGGUAACAGCAGUAGUGGGCGGGCUGGUGGCAGCCCUGGGCUGUCUCUUCACCUCCUUCGCCACGCAGUUUCAUCAGCUAUUUUUCAGUUACGGGACGGUGGUAGGCGUGGGUGUGGGCCUGACCCGAGACUGUUCCACGCUGAUGGUGGCUCAGUACUUCAAGCGGAGACGGGAGCUCGUGGAAAUCUUCAUCGUCAGCGGCAGUGGGCUCGGCAUAGCCGUCAUGUCCACCUUCAUCAAAGGUGCCAUAAGGGCAAUCGGAUGGCGACUAGGCCUUCAGGCUGUGACAGGAGUGGUGUUUGUAACCUUCAUCCUCGGCACCUUCUAUCGCUCAGCAUCCCUCUACCACCCCCAACGCAGGGCCAUUCUACACCUGAAAAACCAGAAUAAAAUCAAACGCAAGAUGAAGGACCGAAACAAGGCAGACGACCGGCAGCCAUUUUUUGACUUCUCAACUUUGAAGUCAAAGACAGUGAGGAUCUUGCUCAUGUCCACUGGAAUAUCAGCGUUCGGGAUCAAUACCCCGAUAUUUUACCUCGCGUAUCACGCUGAACAGGAAGGUCUGGGCGACACUGCAGAACUCCUCCAGGCAUACCUGGGCCUAGCGUGGGCCGUGGGCUGCGCAGCGUUCGGUCUCCUCGUACGGCAGAAUUCAGCCGAGUGCCGCAUCGCGAGGCAGUACCUCACGCAAGCUGCCGUUUUCGUCUGCGGUCUGGCCACUAUGGCACUGACGGCUGUCGAAGGGUCGUAUAGGGGAUACGUUAUGUUUGCUUGGAUCUAUGGUAUAUUCUGCGGCGGGUAUCACUACUCGCUGAAGAUGUACACAUACGAGCGCGUGCGAUCGCGAAACUUCGCGCGGGCGUGGGGCUUCGUGCAGUGCUCGCAGGCCGUGCCCAUCGCCAUCGGCGUGCCCUUGUCAGGUUACAUCAACGUGGGCUGCGGCGGCAAGGCAGGUUAUUAUUUCAGCAGUACGUGCUCACUCAUCGGCUCACUGUCCCUCUUCUGCAUAGAUCUGCAUCGGCGCAACGUAGCGCACAAACACACCAAUUUGCGUUGCAGAGAAAACGGCGGAACUGUGAACUGCGAGUCAGCUUGUGGUCCGCGUCGCAGCCGCAGCCGCGACCGCGAGCCACGCGCCGCCGCCGGCGCAGCCACCGCUUUAGUCCUAGGAGCAGAGUUGGUGGCGCCGGGGCGGGCCGGUCGCGAGCUGCUGCUGGACAGCAUCGGGCCGGGCAGCCUGGGCUCGCCGCCCGCCACCGCGCCGCCCGAGCUCACCUGCAUCAGCGAGGAGGGCGGCCUCGACCUCGACCUCGACCUCGACAUCCCCGAGCAUUUGUUGGAGGACCUCGACUGCGGCGGCGACUGUAUUACUAGUUGUAAUAAGGUGGAAAACUACCUAAUGCUGAGCGAGUACGAAAAUAACCUGAUAGCGGAACUCCCGAACCUGAACGAACGUCGCAACCGCCGCUGGUCAAUCGUGGUCGGGAACUCCCCGCAACCCUCCACCAUACAAGAGCACAACGAAAUCUCCCCGAAAAACUCCAUCAAAUGGAAGAAAAAGUGCCAUAACACGAACGCGAACAACAGACUGAUAACAGUGAUCAAUGAAGCAUCACUGUAAAUACUAGUGAAACAUAGACUAAUGAUGGUUGUAGCAGGCAUCGACUUAGAUGAUUGAGCCCCAUUAAACAUGAUUUCGACAUCGUGAAGCAACUUAAUUCUCUUCUUCUUUUCUUGUGCUAAGGUACCAUCGUGCGCCAAAUCGAUGAUUUCAACAAAAAGAAAACAGGCCAACGCCACAGUUCACAACUUUCUUAUUAUUCUCAAUAUCGUCAUUAUCAAAAUUAAAAGUUAAAACUAAAUAUAUAGUUAAAGUUCAGUAUAAGAUUAUUUUUAUUAUGUUUGAGGAAGUCCUCCAUAUUUGGAACCUCAUUUUCAUGAAGGUACAACGUCGGAAUCUUAAUCGGAGCAGGCAACGACCACCAUUUAUCUGUGUAGGGAAAUAAUUCAGAGACAAUAAUAGAAUAAUUUUGUGUACGACCUAUUUAACCUCAAUAAUUUAUUUGAUGUGUGUGAAUAGUAGUUUGUGUAUUGUUCAAUAUAAUUUAUGAAAUUAUUCAUUUG